UCGCAACAUAUAAAAUCAAAAGCCGAAUAUAUCCAACAGCUCGCAUGCGUGCUUCGUCGUUUGAUCGAGAGAGAGAGAGAGAGAGAUCACAACUUGGCGCACGUUAGCUAGAGGCAUGUGUCGUCUUCCGAAGAAUGUAUCAGGAAGCUCACGAUUUCGCUGAUCCACAUUUUUUGCGUUCAAUUCGAUCUCCUGAGCUGCUUUUCGCCGUUUGUCUCCUGAUUCUCUGGGCUUCUCAGGAGAUAUGAUUAUUUGGUUGGAUGCAGCAGCAGUGUGAUUUUCAUUUUGGAUGAUGAUGCAUGCUGUCUCUCUACCAUUGCCUUAUGAUCUGAAGGUUCAUAAGCUCCAUGGAUCUUCUGGAUACCAUAACAGUUCAGUUGGUAAAAGUCGAGUAUGUCUGGAUCACACAAGUCUCUCUCCAUGCGCCAUGAGACAAGAUUUAUGGAGUUUCCACCUUCUGGAGAGCUUAAGUCGUUCAAUAGCACCUGUAUCAUCUAGGUGUAAUAAUUUUGUUUGUCGAUCGGUUUUAUUCUCAGGAGGAAAUGAGGCUCCUGUUCUUAAAUCAACUGCAAUGGUUUUUACUAGGGCUUAUGAUGCUUUACGUGGAAAUCCUCAUUUGCUCAAAGUGAUCCCAGCGGUUGGGAUUCUGGCAUUUGCUAUAUGGGGUCUUAGACCAGUCUUGCGUCUUAGCUUGGUUACCCUUUUCAAGGUGGGAACUGAAGCCAAAUCAAACAAGAGCAGUACACAACAAGUUGUGGUAUCUUAUCUUCAACCUUUGUUGCUCUGGAGUGGUGCAAUUCUUUUAUGCAGAACAUUGGACCCGAUAAUGUUGCCUUCGAGUGCCAGUCAGGCGGUUAAGCAACGCCUUCUGAACUUUUCCCGAUCCUUAUCAACAAUGCUGGCAUUGGCCUGUUGUUUGUCAAGCUUGAUUCAACAGGCACAGAAAUUCUUUACAGAGACAAAUAAUUCCAGUGAUGCUAGGAAUAUGGGUUUCAAUUUUGCUGGAAAAGCCGUCUACACUGCUGUAUGGGUUGCUGCCGUAUCAUUAUUUAUGGAGCUGUUGGGUUUCUCUACCCAGAAAUGGUUAACGGCCGGAGGACUCGGGACAGUUCUGCUUACACUAGCUGGUCGUGAGAUACUUACGAACUUUCUUUCAAGUAUUAUGAUCCAUGCAACCCGGCCCUUUGUUCUGAACGAUUGGGUUCAAAUUAGGAUCGAAGGCUAUGAAGUUUCUGGUACAGUAGAGCAUGUUGGUUGGUGGUCACCCACAGUGAUCAGAGGCGAUGACCGUGAAGCAGUCCAUAUUCCAAACCACAAGUUCACAGUUAGCAUUGUGAGGAACCUUAGCCAGAAGACUCAUUGGCGCAUAAAAACACAUCUCUGCAUCAGUCAUCUCGAUAUCGGCAAGAUUAACAAUAUUGUGGCGGAUAUGCGCAAGGUUUUGGCAAAAAAUCCUCAAGUCGAGCAGCAAAAAAUACACAGAAGAGUCUUUUUGGAAGAUAUAGAUCCAGAGAACCAGGCCCUUAAGAUCCUAAUCUCCUGCUUUGUCAAGACUUCGCGCUUCGAAGAAUACCUAUGUGUUAAGGAAGCAGUGCUCUUGGAUCUACUGAGAGUUAUAAGGCAUCACGGGGCACAUCUCGCAACUCCCAUCCGCACGGUUCAGAGGAUGCGUAACGAGACCGAGGUGGACAAAUCAGCUUUUUCUGACAUUGUUUUCACUCAAGCAUCAUCAUCGGCUGCUAACCGUCGACUCAUGCUGGUCGAGCCGUCCUACAAAAUCAACAGCGGCGACAACAAAUCCAAGUCGAUUAAAAGAAGCGUAGAAAUGGAAUCAGAGGGAGAACAAGGUGCAGCAUCGGAAACAGGAGACAAUCAAAAUCCAAGAAGGAUAAGCUGAAAGUAUCUCCAAGUUCCGACUCGAAAACAGAAGAGAAGGAAAAAGGAAGCAGGGAGAGCCGCAAAAAGUACGGUAUCUAAGCAAAGCUCGGGAAGAGGAGCAGAGAUGGUGAAAAUAACAUCGUCCCGAUUGAGGAGGAAAGGCAAUGUCUCUUCCCGGGAGGAAUAGAGGUUGAAGUCAUUUUAUACUGAAAUCUGAAAUUGACGAAACUCAUUUUGAAUGUUUAAAGAAACAGGAAGGGCGUGAGUGAGAGCGCUAACUCUGUUUUUCUUUUUCCUCAAAAAAAAAAACAAAAAAAAGAAAUGGAGGACUAAGUGUUUAUAGAAAUUAUACGGACAAAGUGUUACUUCUGUAGAGUUUUUACAGAAAUAGGAUUGUAGAGAUCAAUCUGCAAUAAUUCUUACGGCCACAAUUACUUGCUAUUAUAUUAUAGUGCAG